AUAAAUAGUAGAAUGAUUCUAUUAUUAGUUUCAAAUCACACCUUACACGUGUCGUUUUAUUUCACAAAAGACUGCUUGACCCGGCUUUACGUCUUGUUGCUGGCGCGUGAAGUAUUGCCAAAAAGUAUAUGCGCGGAGUUCGCGUGCGAAGUUAGAGAAGUCAAGAGUUCCUACCCUUCAGCUAUUAUCGCUUUCAGUGCCUAACACCCGCCGGUUUUAUGCAUACGUGAACGCCGAGUGAGAUAACUCCGAUAUAGCUGCUGGUAUUACGGUUAUUCCGAGACAGACCAUGUUGGAAAAUCCUAUUCGAGAUAAUGCCCCGGUCCCCAUCCUGACGAUACCGAUUAAGUAUCCAGAGCCUCCCUGGUGCUUUCAUCGCAGCCUGACUGUCGGAAAAGGAAGUUAUUCUUCUUCUAGUCUCCUCAAAACCGACGGAUCCUCAACGGCAAACUUGGGGCUAGCAGUAAAAAGGAGACCUUUCUUAGUGCCAGAAGACCUCUGAGACUUGAAAGAGUGCCUACAGUAUCGAUAUUAACCAAUGGAUGUCUCAGAGACGGUGACUCGGAGAAAUAUCGAGACGUA